CGUUGCAGGGAGGACGCGGUCCCCCGGGCGCCCGGUCCCCUAGGCGCGGGCACUCGUGUUUUCAAAUCCCACACGGGGUGUUAGAUCUGGACGGACCGCCCACCUUCUUCCUUUACACGUCGCCUCUUUUUGCUUCUUUUAAAUCCUACUUUUUCCUUCUUUGCCAAGCUAGAUCCUUUCCUUCCUCAGCACUCGCCAGGUCUUUACUCCGAAGGGGAAACCAACGUCUCAGAGCUCUUAAACGUGGUUUUGACCCUUGCUUUGCGUGGACCUAGACUAUUUUUGGCCAUUUCAGCCCGUUGCUUCUUUUGUGUAUAUUUCACCAAACGAAGUGCCUUCCAGUGACUAACGGGGAACAUGUAGGAGGCCUGUUUUGGAUCUGGACUGCCUGAGGGGGAUCCCAGCACCACCACCUAAGAGCUGCGGAAGCUGGGCAUCAGUAAAAUAGCACCGGAGUUAUAAAAUCAAGAGGAUUUGAGACUCUGAUGGCAUGGCUUUGAUUACCCUGCGGAGGAACCUUUGCCACUUAGCCGAUUUUCGGACACAAGGAGCCCUGGCUGCUCUGAAAAGUCGUCCCGGAAAUCCCUUUCAUGAGGUGGGCAAGGAGCGUUCGUGUCCGUGGCUGCCCUCACUGCAACCCGAACCUUUCAGGGUCAGAAUCCAUCAUGCCUGUUGUCAAAAGUUCCAUUCCGAAAAUGGAAACGCCCUUCACCCACUAGGUGAGCCAGUGUUGUCUCGGGCGCAUGACUGGCACGGGCCUGAACAAAAUCCUAAAGGCCUGGAUGAACCGAUGUUUUACAGGAGGCUCAAGGACUCGGCUUCCUCAGAGGAAGUGUUGCAUUUUCUAAGCACGCUGCAAACGUGGCCGGAUACUGUGGCAGCAGGAGCCUUACAACGGAUUUGGGAGGUGGAGAAAAAGGAUGGCGAUCAAAAGCUGCCAAAAGAAACAUUGGAGAACGGCGUCUUUCGGGCUUUAUGUGUCCGGUUAGAACAGGACUCCUCGAAGCUGUCGGAGCCUGCCUUGGUGACUGCCCUACAAGCUCUGUCUCUGUUGAACGUGGACCCUCAGAGUAGCUUGUUACGAAACCUGGUGGCAGAAAGCCAACAUCGUGUCAAGAGGGGUGGUCUGCAAGUCCACAGCCUCUGUGUUCUCGGGGAAAGUCUGAUUAGACUGCAGGGUCCAGGCUGUGAGACACUAGAACUGAUUAUGUGUCAACUGCAAGAAGAAGAGUUGGAAACGCUUGCGCCUGAGGAUAUUGUGGCCCUUUAUAGAAUCCUGCAGGCCCGUAGCGAAAAACUGGACCGACACCAAGCGUUUCUGAAUAAGAUAAACCACUUUUCCCUGUCGGUCGUUUCCGGCUUGAGUCCUACGUUGAUGAGUGAAAUGCUCACUGCCCUCAUGGCUCUUGAUCAAACUCAGGCACUUCCUCUGGUUAUAAAAUUGGGAAAAUACGCCGUGAGGCAUAUCCCUCGUUUUACUCAAGAAGAGCUCGCAAAAGUCCUGGAGGCUUUCAUAUACUUUGGGCACAAUGACCGAUUUUUUACAGCAGCCCUGGAGCAACAUGUGGCCUCUCUGUGUCUCACUUUGGACCCCGAGGUCGUCAGCAGAGCCGUGGAGUACUGCAGUAAGAAACGGAUCCUUUCAAAACCCAUCUUCGAUGCGGUGGCGGAAACUUUCGUGGGCCACGCAGACAAAUUUUCACCUCAUCAGGUUUCUGAGUUAAUCGAAACGUUUGGAAAACUCAAUUACCUGCCACCAAAUGCCUCUGCUUUAUUUAGAAAGCUGGAGAAUCUGCUCCUCACGCACCUCGAUUAUUUUCCACCCAAAACGCUAUUGAAAAUCCUCCAUUCAUGUUCGCUCAUCGAAUGCCAUCCGGUCAACUUUAUGGCAAAAAUAUUCAGCCCUCAUUUUCUUCAGCAGCUACAAGGUGAAGAGUCAUAUGUGGACAGACUGAGCCUCGCACAGCUGACCCAGCUGUUCCUAACCUCAGUGCUGGAAUGCCCCUUCUACAAGGGUCGGAAACUUCUUCCUAAAUAUCAAGUGAGGUCAUUUCUUACCCCGUGCUGUUCUCUGGAGACGCCGCUGGAUUUUCAGCUUUACAGAUCCGUAAGGAUUGGGCUGAUCGACCUUCUGGGAGCAAGAAUGUAUUUUGCUUCAAAAGUGUUAACACCGUAUUGUUACACACUAGAUGUUGAAAUUAAAUUAGACGAAGAAGGAUUAGUAUUGCCGUUCACGAUUGAUGAAGACGUGCAUAAAAGGUUAGCGCUAUGCCUUGAUGAUCCCAAAAGAUUUUCACUGAAUAGCAAACACUUACUGGGAAAGGAGGCUAUUAAACACAGACACCUGCGCCUGCUUGGUUACCAAGUUGUUCAGAUCCCCUACUAUGAGGUUGAGAUGCUAAAAUCAAGAGUCGAAUUGGUGGAAUAUCUACAGAGAAAACUAUUUCCUCACAACGUGGGCGUUCGCUGGUAACAAGAAGGGCUACCGGCUCUAGGACUCGGUGAAGGAACUUGUUUCCAUGGGACUCGGCACAAAAACGGGCGUAAAAGGACGUAAGCUGUGAAUUGACCGCAAUCCGGAAAGUUAUGCUGUGUAUACACUCGCCAGUGGUAAAUUGAAAAUAAACUUUUAUUUUUAUUUAAUGCUA